AUGGGAGAACUACUCCAUGGAGAAAGAAGCAAAAGCAGAAUCAGACGCGGAAUUCAUACUGUGAAGGAUGGAUUCCUGCUCCUGGACGUUGAUCGGCACUUCUCCAAGCUCAAACUGGCCUCCAAUGGUGUUGAAGAUCAAUCUAGGGCACUUGGAGACUCUUGUUCGUCGCUUUCUCUCUCUAGGAAUCGUUCUCUCUCUCCAAAACUCGAAUCCCCUUCUCUUUGGCUGAAAAUCUGCUUAAAAAAGCAUCAGUGGCCAAAGCACGGUCGAGGACACGGCCGUGCUUUGCCUCAGCCCGCCGUGCCUCGGCCAGGGUUAAUUACACGGCCAGCAGUUGGGAGAAACACGGCCGUGUUUCGCGGUGGGUACGGCCGUGCUUUGCCUGAACACGGUCGUGCUUUCAGCCUGUGUUUGCAACUGAAUUUGCCAAAUCAAUUAGCUCUCGGCAUCAAAAGCACGGCCACCAGAACACGGCCGUGUAAUGCUUUAGGUCUGCCCGUGUUUUGGCUCCAACUUGACGAAAUGACCUCCGAAUGCCCCGAAACUCGUGCUUAG